AUGCUGUCGCCCGAGGCGGAGGCCGCCCUCGCCGCGGCGGAAGCGACCCUCGACGCCGCGCCGGCCCCGAAGGUUCCCGCGAGGGCGGCGGCGCCGCGCCCCCCCGUCGACGUGCGAGCCCUGCGGGCGACGCUCAAGGAGACGUGGGGCUACGACGACUUCCGCGAGGGCCAGGAGGCGGCCGUCGCCGCCGUCUGCGGCGGGAGGGACUGCGCGGUCUACUGGGCCACGGGCUCGGGCAAGUCGAUCGUCUACCAGCUCGCGGCGCUGCACCGGGCCCGGGGCGUCGUCCUCGUCAUCUCGCCCCUCGUGUCCCUCAUGAUGGACCAGGUGAAGACGCUGAACAUGACCUGCGGCCGCGACGUCGCGUGCUUCCUCGGGAGCGCGCAGACGGACCGGUCCGUCGAGGACCGCGCGCUCCGCGGCGACUACCGGCUGGUCUACGCGACGCCGGAGAAGACGGCGAACCAGGACCUCGCCGGCGCGCUGGACCGCAACUGCCCCGGGGGCCUGGCGCUCAUCGCCGUCGACGAGGCCCACUGCGUGUCCGAGUGGGGCCACGACUUCCGGCCCGAGUACCGGCGCCUCGGGUCCGUCCGCGACGCGUGCCCGGGCACGCCGCUCGUCGCCCUGACGGCGACGGCGGCGCCGCGCGUGCGCGGCGACAUCGAGAGCAACCUGCGCCUGCGCCCGGGCUUCCACGUCGCCGCGAAGACCUUCGACCGGCCGAAUCUGGCGCUGCGGUGCAAGCGCUUGGCCGGCGAGGGCCCCGCGGCCGCGCUCAAGUCGACCGCGGAGGCGCUGCGCGACGGCGGCGCGACCAUCGUCUACUGCUCGACGCGCGGCGAGGUCGAGACGGCGACGGCGGCGCUCAACGCCCUGGACCCGGCGGCCAAGGUCGCGGGCUACCACGCGGGCAUGCCGCCGGGCGACCGCCGCGACGCGCACUACGGCUUCCUGAGCGGCAAGCUCCACUGCGUCGUCGCGACCGUGGCCUUCGGCAUGGGCAUCGACAAGCCCGACAUCCGCCGCGUCGUCCACUACUCGCCGCCCAAGUCCAUGGAGGAGUACUACCAGCAGGUCGGCCGCGCGGGCCGCGACGGGCUGCCCGCGGAGUGCCUGCUGCUCUUCAAGGAGAGCCAGCUC